GGAGUGACGGAGAGAGAGCGGAGGAGAGCUGACAGAAUAGAGUGUCCUUCCAGUAACGGCUAACACAUCUGACACGCUUCGGGAGGAGCAUGGAUUUACUUCAAGAGAUUUGAAGAGCUCUGAAAACAUUGGUCUUGAUUAGUCUCAAACACUAAGAAUCUGAUCUGAUCUGGACAAUGGAUGAUUUAACUCCUCCCUAGCAGACAUUAUUUAUCUUGCUGAAACUGUGCCGGACAGAAAACGUUAAAAGAAGCACAAACUAAACCCCAAAGACGGGCAUGUUGGACAACUCAAAGGUCUCCGUCGAGCUGGGUGUCGCCAGGCUCGGGAACGUCGCAGAACCCCAGAAACCUCGACUGUCAGUGAGGGAUGAGAACCGUCUUAGCUCUCCCAAUCCUGACGAGGAUCGCACCAGACAUGCACUUAGCAAUACUUCUUCUCACAACAUCCCAGGCACAUCCACAGACUGGACUGGACCUGAUGGUGCUGACAGGAGACGCAGUUUGGCGACGUUAUCGGAGACCUCGAGGACCUCCAAUGCCACUACUGUGGUCUCUCAGAGCUCUCACGUCAGGAUUAUAGCGGAUGAUGAACCGAGGGAACCCCGUCGGACGUCCGGCCGCUGCUCGUGCUCCUGUUUCCGUGCGGUGAACAUGGCGUUCCUGCGCUGUCUGGAGGAGACGCCGCUGCUGGUGUCUGGAGUAGUGCUGGCCAUCCUCUUCUGCGUGACCAUCAUCAUCAUCAUCCCCUCCACCGGCCGGAGCCUGAGCGUUCACGUGGCGGCGUUUGCAGUGGUGUGUGUGGUGGUGUGUGUCUGCGUCUCGCUGCUGCUGUGUUUGCCGUGUUUGCCAGUGGUUCGGCGAGGAGAAACACCUCUUGCGCUCUUCAUCUGGUCCAUGCUCCUCAUCAUCGCCUUCGUCUUCAUCUUCACCGGAGGCGUCGUCACGGCCUGGGAACAGGUCGCGUUCUUUCUCUUCCUGUCGCUGUCCGUUUAUACGGUUCUUCCUCUCCCGCUCUCUUGGGCUCUGAGCUUCGGCAUCGGGACCAGUGUGUGUCACAUCGUCAUCAUCAGUGUGUAUGUGUCUGUCACCAACCCUCAGACACAAGACCUGGCCGUGCAGCUGGUGGCGAACGCUGUGCUGUUCGUGUGUGUUAACGGUGUGGGUGUGUUUCACCUGUGGCACACUGAACACUCUCACAGAAAGUCCAACAAGAAGCGGGAGGACUUCAGCAGAAACCGUGCCACACAGGCCAAGCAGAAGCGUGACCAGGAGCAUCUGCUGCUGUCGGUGCUGCCGCGAUACAUCGCCAUUGAGCUGAAGACGGAGAUCGUCAAGCGUCUGUCGGAUAAAAGCAAAGCCCAAGAGACCCCAUCCAGUCGCUUCCACAGUCUCUACAUACGACAGCACAGAGACGUCAGUAUCCUGUACGCUGAUAUCGUGGGCUUCACACACCUGUCCAGCACCUGCACACCUGAGGAGCUCGUGGCCGUCCUCAACAAACUCUUCGGCCGCUUUGACGACAUCGCUAAGAAGAACGGCUGUCUGCGUAUUAAGAUCCUGGGCGACUGUUAUUACUGUGUGUCGGGUCUCCCUGACCCUAUCUCUCAUCACGCUCGCAACUGUGUUCAGAUGGGUCUGGACAUGUGCACGGCCAUAAAUAAGCUGAGGGAGGCGACGGACGUGAACAUCAACAUGCGUGUGGGCGUUCACACGGGGAACGUUCUGUGCGGAGUGAUCGGUCUUCAGAAGUGGCAGUACGACGUCUGGUCAGAUGACGUGACUCUAGCCAAUCACAUGGAGUCUGGAGGAGUGCCUGGGAGGGUCCACAUCACGGAGGAGACGUACGCUCACCUGGACGGGAAAUACCAGGUGGAUGAAGGAAACGGCGAGAGUCGUGAUUCCACGCUGAAGGGAAGGAGAACGUACCUGGUCAUCGAUCCUAAUACAGAUCUCUACGAUGUCACGCCUCAGACCAAUGAGCUGAAGGUGGACAAACUGGUGAAUCGUCCGAAGCUGCGCGCGUCGGUUCGGAUGUCGCAGUACCUGCAGUCCUGGAAAGCCGUCAUACCGUUUUCUGGACUCAACCAACCACAGGCUUCGCUCGCAGCCCCGCCCACUCCUGCCAGCAGUGCCAGCCAAUCACAGCCGGCAACGCAGGAGCUCCCAGAGAUCAAUACUCCUAGACCUUCACAAGAUAAUGUACUGAUGGACUCGUUAGACUCACUGGGCACUGAAGGGACACGAGCGAAGCUGAACAGUGUGACAUUGUUUUUUAACAAUUUUCAGCUGGAGAAGCAGUAUUCGUUAACUGAAGUCCAGGGGCUUCAUCGCUCUGUCAUAUGUCUGGUCUUCAUCUUCAUCUGUGUGUUUGUGGUUCAGAUGCUGACCUCGCAAAAAAACUUUGCGCUGGCGGUGUCGUACGGUGCCACCUUCCCUGUCCAAAUACUGAUUGUGCUUGUGGUCUUCACUAAAUUCCUAAAGCGCUGGCACUCGAAGUUUCCCCGCAGCAUCCGCUGGGUCUCGACGCUGUUUGACGGUGUGGCCACCAGGGCGGCGCUGCGACUGCUGCUGGUGCUUCUCUGUCUGCUCAUCAUGCUGCUCAUGGCCGUGCUGAACAUAGUUUUUAUCCCAGGUGAUAACUGUUUAAAUGUUUCCCACAAUGCAACAGUACUGAACACUCUCAAUCUCUACACUGUCCCGUAUUACCUGUACUGCUGUCUGCUGGGGAUGUUGGGUGUGAUUGUGUUUGUGCGUGUGAGCGUGUCUGUUAAAGUCUUCCUCCUGACCCUCGCUGUGGUGGUUUAUCUUGCACUUUUCCUGCACGUUUAUGCGCCACGCUCCGACUGCUACAUUCAACAGCUCUACAGCGACACCAGCACGCCAGGAGUUCUUAAGGAGCCCAAGAUCAUGUCCGGCAUUUGGCUGGUCAUUUUCUACAUGAUUUCCCUUAUUCUCGUGCGACAGGACGAGCUGGGCUCUCGGGCCGAGUUCCUGCUGGAGAAGUGCUUUAAUAAAGAGACGGAGGAAAUGGAGACCACGAAGAACGUCAACAGACUCCUGCUGCAGAACCUUCUGCCAGAACACGUCACAGACUUCUUCAUCGGCAAAGACAUCCAGAACCAGGACUUGUACAGUAAAUCGUGCGAGUGUGUUUGUGUGAUGUUCGCGUCCGUGCCGCAUUUCUUCAAGGAGUUUUACAACGAGAGCAGCGUGAACAAAGACGGCCUGGAGUGCCUUCGCUUCCUCAACGAGAUCAUUUCAGACUUCGACGAGCUCCUGAGCAAGCCCAAGUUCAGCGCCGUGGAGAAGAUCAAGACCAUCGGCAGCACCUACAUGGCAGCGGCUGGACUGACCAAAGCUGCCACCGCAGACGAGAGACGAACCAGCGAGGUGUCCUACAGUCACGUGCGCUGCAUGCUGGACUUCUCCAUCGCUCUGAAGGGGAAACUGGAGAACAUCAACCUGCACUCCUUCAACAACUUCAAACUAAGGAUCGGUAUAAACCACGGUCCUGUGAUCGCAGGAGUCAUCGGCGCUCAUAAACCUCAGUAUGACAUGUGGGGAAACACGGUUAAUGUGGCCAGCAGGAUGGACAGCACUGGAGUCCUGGACAAAAUACAGGUGACGGAGGAGACGGCGCAGGUGGCUCAGACACUGGGCUACAGCGUGACUCUGAGAGGAGUCAUCAAUGUGAAAGGCAAAGGACAGCUGACCACGUACUUCAUCAACUCUGAGCAGUGACCGCAGCACGCCGUCUGAACAGGACAGAAACAAAAUACUCUUAGAUUUAACCAAUUCUAGACCUUCUGACACUGAAGCUUCUGCUUCUGAAGUUAAUCUAUUGUUUUAAACAAUGCCAAGUGACCAACUUUUCUCCGUUUCCAAAGACUGUAGUUUUAUAUUGAAUCUCUAGUAUUCCUCCUGAACUUGUUGCACUUAUUUAUUAAUGUUUGCUAAUAUUUAUUUGAUGUGUUGUAUGUUUGAGAAGUAAACGUGUAUGAUAUCAUGUUCAAAAUAAAGUUCAAUGUUUCAUUAAAGAGUUGUUUGUUGUGUUUUAAUGUUUAACUAUUUCGUGACUAAUGAAAUGGCUGACUAACAACGAAAUA